UGUUUUAGGAAAUUCCAGCGCCUCUCCCUGACCUGCUGGAGCUCCACCUUGACCCCGAGAGCUUAGACUAAGUAUUAUUUGCAAAAGAAAAUUUAAAAUAUUGCUUUUUACACUUGUCAACUGAAGACAGAUCGUCAGCAGUGCUCAUAUGAUGAGCUGAUAUCGUCCAUUCUUACUUUAGCCUUAAGUUCUCUGACAUACAAUCACCUCUGAACAUAGUUUAAUGACAAGGUUAAUUUUUUUACCAAAGACGUGUGGUCAAAAGAUGGUGAUAAUGUAAGACGGUCGUUGUUGCUUUAAUACAAUUAUGAACCAAUGCUUUAUUUGAGAUCCUUUGUUUUGCCUAUGACUCAGUGACGUCAACAAAAGGUUUCAGACUUUAACUGCAGCCUCUUUGUUUGUUUUGGGGUUUACCUGUUAUUUGUUUAGGGGUUUAAAUCCAAAAGCAGCGUUUUGGUAAGUAUUGUUCUAUUGUUUUUUCAGUUUAAAUGUGUUGAGUGAGUGAAAAUAAUGUGUCGGUGGCCAUUUCACACCUUUACAAACAUGGAGUACAAUCUUUCUUUCCUUAUUUUACUGUGAACAAUCUAAUGACAGUUAGAAUUUUCUCAAAAACAAAAUGUGGUUGCUUCAAUUUGCUAUUGCCCAUUAAUUUCAUUAGUCUUUCCUAAUAACUAGAAAAGCCACAUUUUUAGUUUGUAACUGUGCUUUUCACUCCCACCGUCUGAGGUGUGAAAUCUGAGGUAAAAGAGAGGGAGGAGGAACAGAUCCAGGGGGGCCGAGGAGACGUGAGAACAGAAGGGCCGCAUUGAUCGCGAUGUGCUUCAACGUCUGCUCGAGCAUAAAGAUAGCUACGCAGAGGGCAAUGGAGGAGAGCGCGAGCGGGAGGACAAGCGUGAGUGUGAGGGCAGACGGGAGCGCGGCUUCCAGGAUCGUCCAACUUCACUGAGCAAAUCGCUGCUGUUUGCAGCUGCAGAGGCCUGAAGUCUAAAUAGCCUCCAAACUGGUUCGGAUCUUGUGUCAGCACCAAGGUGUUGAGUCAAACUUCGAGGAACUAAAUAACCAGAAGUUCUCGUCUGAUAUGAUUUUGAAAAGCUUCCCGUUAAGUGCCAGCGAGUAGUCAUCUCCAGAGCAGCUCCACCCACAGUUGGCAGAACUGAACGUUGAGGAACAGCCAUGAUAACCAUGUUUAAUGCCUGAAGAAAUGCAUGAAAUCCUUGGUGGUUUCCAUUUGAAAUUCUGACAGCGUUACGACGGUGAGGUGUUUUCAAGAAGCAUUCUUGCUGGAGAGACACCGAGAGCCAUUCCUGGAUUUGAAACGCCAACAAAGCUCCCAAGCACGUAGUGAUUUAGAGCGAUGCCCCCUCCGUCUCCUCCCUCGUCGCUCAUCUUUGCCUCCUGCUAUGGGCUUUUCGCCGGACUGCUGCUUCCUGUCCCCUGGGGGCCCUCGGGGGUCCGCGGCCAGAAUGACACGGAGCCGAUCGUGCUGGAGGGCAAGUGCCUGGUGGUGUGCGACUCCACCCCCUCCGCAGAGCCGUCGGGCAGCGCUCUGGGCAUGUCGGUGCGUUCAGGGACCGGGCGCGUGGCGUUUUCAGCCAUCCGAAACACCAACCACGAACCCUCGGAGAUGAGCAACCGCACCAUGACCAUCUACUUUGACCAGAUCUUGGUAAACGUUGGCAGCCAUUUUGAUCCCGCCAGGAGCAUCUUUGUGGCUCCAAGGAAAGGAGUCUACAGUUUCAGCUUUCACGUUGUGAAGGUUUACAACCGGCAGACAAUUCAAGUGAGUUUGGUUCUGAACGGCUGGCCUGUGAUCUCAGCCUUUGCUGGUGACCAGGACGUGACCAGGGAAGCUGCCACCAACGCUGGGCUGGUGAUGAUGGAGAGGGGAGAUAAAGCUUACCUCAAACUGGAAAGGGGGAAUCUGAUGGGAGGGUGGAAGUACUCCACCUUCUCCGGCUUCCUGGUUUUCCCCUUGUAGGGUUACAUGCUGUAUGUUCCAUGUUAUAGCCAAGUAUAGACGGGGUUGGUUUUAGGCUACAUGACACUGAUGAGGAAACAUGAAACAGUUGCAACAGUGAACUGCUUUGAUGCAACUUGAUGAACGAGCUGUACUCAACAUGCACACAAUCACCUUUGAUGUAAUUUCCAUUUGCCUGUUGGCUUUGCUUGCUGAAAUCAUGUCUGUCCACAGUUUGUGAAGUUUCUUUAAUGCAUGAAGUAUGGAAACGUCUGUGGCAAUACUGGCAAUAAAGAAAACCAUUGUACUCCUUGCACUGCACCCAUUCCCCACACACGCACGCACACACACACACACACACACACACACACACACACACACACACACACACACACACACACACACACACACACACACACACACACAAAUAUGUAUGUAUAGGAACUUUGUUGUGGAAGAUGUUAAAGAAUGCAGUCAGAUGAGCUCUCAGCCAACUUGACCCCAUUCUUCAAAGCGUCUGGGUUUGACUUACGGUAUAAGUUCUUAGUGUUUGGCCUGUGUGCAUUAGUUAUGCAAUGAAAAUUAUACAGUAAACACGUACGCAUAUGAAUUUCCUUUUUACCUCGAAUGAAUUCGUACAACGAAUGGCCUAAGGCACCCCCAGAGCUUAGUAGCUAUUUUUAACCAACAGUACAUGUUCCAUGAACUCAAUAAGUCAUGCUCUAACUACAGUAGCUGUUUAGGAAACAGGGGGGCCCUACAGAUAUAUGCUGAAUAUAUCAAUAUAUAUCCUUUUAUUCAUGAUUGUUUGAUUUCAGUAAAUACCGUCAAUACUU